AUGAGGAUGCCAGCUGAUCUCCUGGAUGAAUGUUACCAUAUCAUGGAUGCAGAUGGGACAGAUGGGACAAUAAGAAGUGGUUUAAAGCAAGCUGGCCUUGGCGAGUGGACAUCCAUGUUACUGAGCCCUUACAUAGCCUCCAUCCCUGCCACCAUGGUUGUACAGUCUAUAGACCAACUAAUUCAGUAUUUUCAAAAAGCCAAUGUCUUUAAAGAGAUUGAAAAAAAAAAACUCACAAAAUGUGGGAAGAUCAUCCUGAGUGUCAUAAUGAUGGUGAUUGCGACAGUAGCCAUUGGACUCAUUGUUUAUUUUGUUGCUUUCCGCAGCACACCUUUCUACUACCACAUCAGCUUUAAAACCUGUAACAUCGACUAUGACAAGAAGUUUGAAAAACCGUAUUCACAAGAAUAUAUGGACCUGAAUAAAAAGAUAGUGUCUCUGGUAAAUGAAACAUUUCAUGAGUCCAAACUCAGAAGACAGUAUGUCAAAUCUCACAUUGUCCAAGCAAGCCAAGCUAAAGGGAAAGUCGUAGUGCAUGCUGUGCUGAAGUUUAAAUCCUACUUUAAGAACAAUGCAGAAAAAUUUUGGGAUGAAAUUGAAACCAUUUUAUAUCAAAAGCUACAGAGUGACACUGGGUCUUUGUGUGUAGAGCCUUCCUCAUUUAAAAUGUCAGAUAUGGAAAUGGCAGCAGCAGAAAAUCUUCUCAAUACCUGUUGUGGACAACGCACAAUAACUCCCUCUGGCAACAAAAUAGCAGGAGGCAAGGAUGCCGAGGAAGGCGAGUGGCCCUGGCAAGCUAGCCUUCAGCAGGGCAAGGUCCACCGGUGUGGAGCCACCCUGAUUAGUAACAGCUGGCUAGUCACUGCUGCGCACUGUUUCGUAAGGGCCAAUGAGCCAAAAGAAUGGAAUGUUGGUUUUGGCCUUCUUUUAAGUGAUCAAAAAACCCAGCGAAGUGUCAAGGAUAUUGUAAUUCACGAGAACUACCACUACCCUGCACAUGAUUAUGACAUUGCUGUUGUGCAUCUGUCUUCACCAGUAUUGUACACAAGUAGCAUCCGAAGAGCGUGUCUUCCAGAAGCUACUUAUAGGUUCUCUCCUAAUUCAGAAGCAGUGGUUACUGGAUGGGGAACAUUAAAAUCUGAUGGUGAAAGCCCUAAUAUACUCCAAAAAGGAUUAGUGAAGAUUAUAGAUAAUAAGACAUGUAACAAUCAAGAGGUAUAUGGUGGUAUCAUCACACCUGGAAUGCUGUGUGCUGGGUACCUGGAGGGAAAAGUGGAUGCCUGCCAGGGUGAUUCUGGUGGACCUCUCGUUAGUAUGGAUUCUAAAGGUACCUGGUUCCUUGCAGGUAUUGUAAGCUGGGGAGAUGAAUGUGCUCUACCAAACAAGCCUGGAGUCUACACACGAGUGACACAUUAUCGAGAUUGGAUCUAUUCUAAAACUGGUCUCUAA